UACAAUCGUACGCAACAUCUUUCGUUUAAAGAAACAACAUUUUUAUGUCAUUCAUGUGAUAAGAAAUUUUAAGUGAUUCAGUCAAAAUUAAUAAAUAGAUACCGAUACUUCCCGUAACAUUCGUGAUAUGUUCCGGAUUCAAAAUAGAGGCCAUCGCGAUUCUUGAGGAUGCACUGCUACAACAUUCCCACAAUCGACCCGGACCUCCGUCACGAGGAAACCAUCCUGCAGGCUAUCAAUGUGUUCGAAUUCCUCAACGAGGUAAUAGACGACGUUUUCGGGAAGGUUAAUCGCAGAAUCGAUUCCAAUCGAGAGCGCCUGCAGCGACUGGAUGCACGCAUAGAGAAAGUGAAUGGACAAGUGGCCAAACUGAGGGAGACGAAGGAAGCUAUUGUGAUUUACUCACCGUGUCGUUAUCCGGGGGCAGAUUUAGAUACUACAGUACUGCCGACGUUCAACAGUACAAAUGGAAUCAGUAUGCGAGAAGGGGAAGCCGGGGACUUGCGAGAAAAGUGCUACGUACCAAGUCACUCUUAUCAGGAGAAAAUUCAGUUCUACCAUGUUAAGAGCUCGGUGGAAAGGCAUCGGAUUUAUUCCUUCGAGGAACCGAGUGGGGCACCAGGACAGAAGGAAGUUCAGUUUUUGGACUCAAUUCUACUGUUCAAUAGAAAGGAGUAUGCCGUGGACUACAAAGGAGCAGAGGGAAAGGCUAGAUCAGGGAAGAAAACUCCUGGGCGGAUUAGGGAGGAACGGAUUCUUUCGUCAUCAUCACCAAUCAUUCGUAAUCGCUCGAAGAAAAAAGGGCAGGAAAUUUUCUACACUCCUGUUUUGAACGAAGCUCCUAAAAUUGAUGUCCCUGUUGAUCUACCGGAUUUACCUGGAAUUGUGAGCAAUAUUCAGUAUGCAGGAAACAAUACGCUGAUUGCUCCAUCACUGCAACUAGCCGCCAUAGCCGACCAACUUCCAGAAUUGGGCGAACUCUCUGCAAUGGAAGCGAAAGAGAUUGUUUCAGUUGCCGAGCACGUGCCACCACCUGUUCCUUCAAUUCCAUCUGUUCCGGUAAAUUUCAGUUCUGCACCCGUUACUUCUGUGGUGAAUCCCCCACCUCCGCCUCCGCCGCCUCCACCUCCUCCUCCGGCAGAAGUUUUAGUCAGCAAAAAAGCGGAUGAAAGCGAUGGCAAACCGGCGAAGAAGGAACCACCACCACCAGCCGGUAAUGCUCAUUUUAAUCUUAUGGAAGCUAUACGUAAGGCAGGUGGUGUGCAAAAAGCUAAUUUACGACACAGUGAAAUUAAGGAAAAGAGAACAGAUUCGACAAGACCUUCCAAAGCAAACCCGCAGAACUUUAUCGACGAUCUUCACAGCAAACUGCAAAUGAGACGAAAGGGGAUUUCCGGCGCUCGAGAAAAUCAAGAACCAGGAAACGUUAUCGAUCGCCUGUCGGCGCUCAUUCCACCACCACCGCCUAAAAUGGAUGCAAGUGCAAGCGAGAGCAACGACGAGGAUUGGGACUAAAUCUCACAGAUUACAAAAAAAACAACAGGAUUUAUAAAUUUGUUAAACACAUUUCUUUUUAUCGUUAUUUUUCAUACACACAUUUCGGAAAAUGAUAGAAUUAAAUACUAUUUUUAGUAGUAAAAGUAAA